AUGUUGAAAUGGAUUGUCUACAUUCUUAUUCCAAUUUCAUUAUCAAUUUUAUAUUAUUUUCCGUUAAUAUGGAGUUUAGCUUAUUUAUUAAUUAUUAGUGUGUGUCUCAUAUUUGGAGUAUUCGCUUUUACAUUGUGGGCUCAUUUAGCUCUGUCUUCGCCACAUCAUACUUCGUUAUUUUUAUUGGAUAAUCUUGAAAAGGAAGUUCGAGUGUUAGAUACCGCAAUACGGGAAGAUCAAAGCAACUCAGUAUAUCUGUCCAAAAAGCCUCACUUGCCUAUUAUAUUCGGAAGAACAGUGGAUACCCAAUUACAAUUAUUAAUUGACUAUUUUUUACGUGAUUUUGUAACACGAUGGAUAAAAGAACUGUCUUAUAAACCAGAACCUGUUAUAGAUAAAUUUAAAGAACAUAUAUGGAGUGCUGUUCAGAGUUUAUAUGAAAGGCUUUUAAAGGUGGAUGCUGAAAAAUUAUUGGCGAAUGAUAUGGUAACAAAGAUAACACAGCAUUUUGAGCGUAUAAGAAUUGCUAAAAGUUGUGCUUUGGAAUUGAACCAAGCACCUGUAUUUGCACUGGCUCCCCACUUAAUAUCCAGUGAUGCUGAACUUCAUUACUUAAGACAAAUAAGUGAACUCAUUAUUAUGUUUCUCAUGCCCCGUUGUUAUUCUUUGGUGCCUGUUGCACACCUUGUGAGAGAAAUUUUGGCAUGCAAAAUUUUACAGCCAGCAAUAGAUCUGUUGACUGAACCAGAUUAUAUUAAUCAAAAGAUAAUACAAUAUCUUGAAGAACAAAAGGAAGUUGAUGCAAUGCAUGUAAAGACUCAUGAGUAUGCUAAAACCUUUGAGGACUAUAUCAGGCUCAUAAAUAACUGUAACAAUGUGGACACGUUAAAACGACUCCGAUAUGAUAUUGUAACACAAAUAAUGCAAGCAACAACACUCCAAAAUGUAAAACGAGCUAAGGGAAUAGAUGUUGAUUUAAUAGAGAAAAGUGGCAAUCAAUCAAACUCAAAUAGACAACAAGUGGCCGAUGCUAAGAAGUUGAAGAGAUACAUUGACCAACUGACUAUAGCUAAGGAAGAAUGUGAAGAAGCAUUAAGAAAGUUAGGCUGGGAUGGUGCCUUCCCAGCCGUGGAAUCUGAUAGCAAGGCAAUGCCCCUACACAAAGUAAUGGAAAGUGUGACAGGUAGAAAGUAUCUAUCAAUGUUUUUAGAAACACUGUGUUCACAAGGACUGGUUGGUUUUUGGUCAGCAGUGGAAGAACUACGUCAUAGUCCACGGAGUAGCUGGCAUCAAUUGGGUGCUGAAAUAUUCUAUACAUAUAUAAGAUCACCGAGUGCAGAAGUUAAAGUUGACAAGGAAACAAGAAAAAGAAUGGAAGCAUUUCUUUUAGGCGAUAAAGGACCAGAGGUAUUUUAUGAAGUCCAAGACACAGUAGUGGAUACAAUUCAAGAAAAAUAUUAUCAUUCUUUUCUACUGAGUGACCAGUACAAAGCUUUAAUUGUCGAAUUAGCUACUGAAGAGGCUAAUAAAGAGCUAUGUUCCGAAAGAUCGCCAAUAGAAGACCGCCAGUUAUCAAACGAUUCGGUCUCAACAGCAGACAGCGCUGGCACCGUUCACCUCACAGAGCACUCGACGUACGCGAGGCGAAAACUCGACCAGUUGCAAGAGAGGCAUAACAAUAAGACACAGGCCCUAGCAGCCCUCCGAGCGUCCCUGAAGCCGGAGUCGCCGGCGCUAGCGAUGCUGGCCAACGAGGUGGAGCGCCUCGCGGGCGAGCAGCUGCGGCUGGAGGCGCACCUCGCGCGCACCGACACCUGGGCCGAGCACCUCGGCCGGUGGCGCGCCACGCUGCACAGCGCUGAGAUCACAGAUGAAUCGAAACCACCACAAUUUGUGAUAGUCGUCCACAUGGCGGAGCAGGAACCCACUAAUGAAGAGAGACCAGAACAGAUAUCCACAGGUUGGGUAUUGCUCAGGACGCUCAAUGAAUUUCAGGAACUUCAUCGAAAACUAAGGCCUAUGUGUUCAGAACUAAAAAAUUUAGAACUGCCAUCAAAUUCUUUUAAGUUUUUAUUCGGAAAGAAUGAUAAGAAUUCAUUGGAUAAAGCGAAGACGUUAAUACAAAAAUAUUUAGAAUUUGUAUUAGAAGAUGAAAGAUUAAACCAAAGCGAAGCUGUAUAUACAUUCCUAAAUCCAAGCUCAGAAUACUUGAAACAAGGUGAUCUGCCAAAGAAAAAUAAAUUUUCUUUUUCAACAUUAUUUAAAAGCACAAGUAGUGAUGCGACGAAUAGAUCGUCUCAAGAGAAGGAAGGCUUCACUCAUUUAUCCGCCGAUGAAGAUGAGAUGUCACUAUACUUAGAUGGAAACGGCGGUGACGGGUAUAAUAAGAAUUCGAAUAAUUCUAUGCGUGGGGCGGGUCCCCUGGCGGAGGAGCGCGACAGCAUCGCGGAGCCGCUGUACGCGCUGCUCAGCGAGGUGUUCGACAUGCGCGGCGUGUUCCGCUGGCUGCGGCGCACGCUCGUCACCUUCGUGCAGAUCACGUACGGCCGGACCAUCAACAGGCAAAUCAAAGAGACGAUAUCGUGGCUAUUCUCAGAGCAAAUGCUGCACUACUACACGAGUAUAGUGCUGAAGUCGUGGUGGCCCGGCGGCGUGCUCAGCGAGACCACUUCCAACCGGAACAUAAGGGACAAGGAGCACACGCGCACGCUGGCGCGCGCGCAGCUGAGCGAGAGCGUGGCGGGCACGCUGUCGUCGCUGGUGGGCGCGCACGCCGCCGCGCGCGGCGCGCACAAGCUCUUCCACACGCUGCAGAACACCACGCACAACAAGCAGCUCUUCUAUGUGAGUACAGCACUCGCUCCUCCCCUGACAGGUUUCCUAUUCGACCCAAUG